CGCGUCGGUAUAAAAGCCCCGGGUCCCCUCCGUUCUUCAUCCAGCAUCAGUCUUCCUUCCAGUCGGACCCUUACGUCUCUCCAACCAUGCACCUGAGCGCGUGCGAGUCGUGCCACUACCUGCUGGUGCUCUGCGUCCUCCUGAGGAGCUGCCGAGCCUUCCGGAACGAUGCCACGGAGCUGCUGUAUUCGCGCGUAACCGAGCCGCCGGCGCCGCCGGAGGUGCAGAGCAACGUGACCCUGAACCGUGCGCGGAACGGCGGGAGAGGAGCGGCCGGCGGCGCGCACGACAGAGGAGAGCGAGGACAGAUUGGCUGCAGAGAGCUGAGGUCCACCAAGUACAUCUCCGACGGCCACUGCACCAGCAUCAACCCCAUCAAGGAGCUGGUGUGCGCCGGCGAGUGCCUCCCGGCCCAGAUGCUCCAAAACUGGAUCGGCGGCGCGUACGGCCGGAAGCGGUGGGCUCGCCGGGGCGGCGGCCAGGACUGGCGGUGCGUCAACGACAAGACCCGCACGCAGCGCAUCCAGCUGCAGUGCCUGGACGGCACCGCGAGGACCUACAAGAUCACCGUGGUCACCUCGUGCAAGUGCAAGAGGUACUCGAGCCAGCACAACGAGUCGGGCAACAAGUUCGGGGAGGCGGCCCUGUCGCCGCCGCAGAUCCUGCAGAGGCACAAGUCCAAGAGCAAGAGGAGGCCGGGGAAGAACCGGCUGAGCGAGAACUGGCACGACAGCGAACCGUGAGACCCGCCCCGUGAGUCCACACGCACCGCGCGGGAGUUUUGUCCUCGGCGGUGUGCGAGACACGACGUCGGAGAGCUGGCGGAUUAUCUUCUCAGAGUGACUGGGGCGGGAUUCGGGAGAAGCUGGUCCCCUUCGCCGUGAUGGAGAGCUGCGGGGGGACCGCUGAGAACCUUUUGUGGGUGAAAGAGAAUGUGAACUGAACCGAGGUCCAAAGCCCUCUCGAGUCCAGAGCCGAGACACACCUUCCUCAUAUAUGUUCCCAUAUAAUCAUUUUGUAUACAGAUGGACAUCUCCAGGCACCAACACUAGUAAACACCAAACAAAUAUUUGUGUAAAUACUUUGUACAUAUAUCAACAUUUCUCACUUGCCUUUUUUAAGUAUGUGUGCAAAAUAUUACUAUGUAAGAUUUAUGAUUCAUUUCGAUGUAAUAUAUUUUCCUUGGCAACAUAUGAUAUGUUGGUUGGUAAGAGGCCUCAGCAUGUUGGUGAAAUAUGGAAAAAAGAUUUGUCAUCAAUCAGUGUUGUAAUAACUAUAUGAAAUAAAUAUAACCUUUUAUCACAUAUUGUUGUCAGUGGAGACAUUUCCUCAUUUGGUUCGCCAUGAAAAUGAACCAAAAGUUUAAUUGGAGCGGACAUAAAAACUUUAUUCAAAUCAUGUAAUAUCAAAGUUCUAAUGUUGGCUAAGAGAAAGUGAAAACGUUACUACUUAAUUUUUCCAAAUAAUGCCUAAGUAUUCAUGUGUAUGUACUAUUUGUUCAGGCUACAUUUUGUACUCAAAAAUGUUUAAUGCAAGGAUAGUUUUCCAAUGACAAGAAUGAUAUAGUUGUAUGUUCUAGUUCUUUUUUUUUCUUCAUCAAAAGAUAGAUCACCUGAAAUCACAAGAUUAUUUAGACCUGUGAAAGCUGCUACAGCAGAAAGCCGAUAGCAGCUGUCACUUUAUUAUGGCCGGAAAUGAAAUAAUUUCACCUGUAAAAUAAAAGUUUAAAAACAAAUUAUGCAAAUUCUAAAUGUUAUUUUAAUCUGCUUCUUCAGUCCUUUCAGAACGUGACAUUUGAUCAACUGGUUCCACUAUUAUUACAUUUUUAUGGGUAUAGGUUGUCUACCAUAUCUGGUUCAGAUUUUAAGAAUCUUCUGGCAUUCAAUCGGAUGUAACGUUAGAAUUUAAAUGUACUGUGUUGAAAGCAUUACAGCCUGAGGACCUAGUACUGCUAUUUGCUAUGGAGUUUCACAACUACGACAUUUUAAACUGUCUGUAAGGUUCCUCACUUCGACGAAUAAAAUGAAAGACAAACGGC